AUGGCACCCCGAAUUAUUCCCGAGGCAGGCAAUGCGCCAAACGUGUCUUACGACGCCCAACAAGCCUACGCGACUCUGAAAUCUGACGGAGUCAUUAUCGCUCCGACAGAUGUUGGUUAUGCGCUGAUUACCAGUACGCAGGCUGGGAUUCAGAGGAUCUUUGCAGCCAAAGACCGCCGACAGGGCCAUAGUAUUGGGAUAAUGGGAACAUACCGGCAACAUCGCGAGAUACACAUGCUUCCAGAGUCCAAGUUUGAAAUGACCCGUGUCCUAACAGAAGAUUCUGGGAUGAUAGUCGGAAUUAUCGCCAAGUUCGACACUAAGAGUCUUCACCCCCGGCUAGCGGUGCUAGAUCCGACCACGCUCUCUCAAGUCACACAGGGGGACACAGUCAGCAUUGCAGUCCCCGAAGGGCCAUUUUUGCGAGAACUCGGCCGGCUCUGUGAUGCGGAUCCGCAGGGAAUGUUGAUGUUUGGGACUUCUGCGAAUCGUACAGGGCAGGGGCAGCAGUUCCGGGUGGAGGAUAUUGAUUCCGUCGUCCUUGCAUCCGCCGAUUUGGUGGUAAAUUACGGUCUGCAGAAGUGGCACUUGUAUGGCCGUGGGGGGGUCAACUUUGAUGCCGAAAAUAUGCGAGUGUUGCGCAGGGGAGCUGGAUACGAGACUUUCAGAGACAGGAUCUUACGAUGGUUUCCUCAUCUGUUGGAAGAGGCGGGCGUCAGUCUUGAUGAGGACUCAGAGCACUGA